AUGUGGCGAGCAUUGCUGAUUUGUGUGACUACUUUGACUGUACACUGUGAAGCUCAGACAGGCUCUGCUACAUGCAGACACCACUCUACCUUUAGACCAGCAGCUGACCAGGACAUCACAGUAAUGUGUGGAACUGAUAGUAUCCAUCUGAGCAUCCUGCUUUGUCCAGUCUACUAUGCUGGCUACAAUGAAUCUCUCAUAGCCCUCAAUGGGAAAGUAAACAUUCCAGCCUGCCGUGGAAUUGUGGAUUUAAAAGCCAGUACCCCUGUCCUGAGAUUUAAUUUCUCAAUUUCUGCAGAGGAAAUGUCACUCUGUGACAAUUCUCUUGAACUUACAGAUAAGAUGGGCACAGUCCAAUUCUCUGACACCAGAGUUCAUUCUGUUAACAUUUCAGGAAGGAUAAUUCCUUGGGAACCUGUCAAUGUCCCCUACACAUACUACCAAAAUCUUAUUUAUCAAUUCUCCUGCUGUUACCGACUGCAUUAUUUAAUAAAUGACACUAAAUUUAACAUGUCAGGCAUGAACCUAGCUGCCCUAGAAAAGAGAGGAAGUUUUGUCAAGGCACUCCAUAUAAAUCUCUUCACUAAUCGACAAUAUACACAGCUUUUAAAAAUACCUGAAAAAGGGCUACAACUGAAAACUCGGAUAUAUGUCCAGGUCAAGGCAACCAAUCUCACUAACAGGUUAAAUGUCCUGCUGGAUCGCUGCUUUACAACCACAAGCCCUAAUCCAACAAGCACGAUUUAUUAUGAUCUUUUUGUCGGGUGCAGACAUGAUGGGCAGACAGCGGUGUAUUUAAAUGGAGUAUCCCAAGAAGCACGGUUUUCUUUUGAGGCCUUCCACUUUGUGGAACAUGACAACAAAACCUUCUCCACGUUUUACCUGCACUGUGUCACCCGACUCUGUGAGAAUUCCACCUGUCCCUCCAUGCUUCCGAACUGUAUAAAGAAGAUAAGAAGGUCAAUCCAACAGAGUCAGUACAUGAACAAUGUGGAAACUGUUUCUUCAGGCCCAAUCAAGACAAGAACUGACAGUAACUGUGUUACAGGAGUGAUCAUACUCACAUGUUUGUUGAGUAUCUGCUGUACUGGACUGGUGGUACAGAUUUUAAUCUAUAGGAGACACACGUUUUUUAUUAGGUGA